UAUUAUCAUGAACUGCAAUCGCACUGAAAGAACAAAAGUUGUAGCUGACAAGACGCAAAAUAUUGAUACUAACCGCGACCUGGUGGGCGAAAAUUGGGCAAACGGUCGCCCCAUUCCCACAACCGUGGUGUUGCGUCCGGACCCCAAGCCUACCCUUCUUCUCAUGUUGAUCCCCCUCCGCCUUCUCGAAGUAAUUGGAGCCAUUGCGGUUGAACUGAGCCUGCAACCGCGUCAUGCACCUGUUUGACAAUGGCCACCAUGAAAGGCCCGGGCGGGUGAUAGAUGUCAGCGCAUUCCCACAACCGCAGCCACGGCGAAAUAAAAGGCCGCCCCUCCCAUUACUUGCUAACCCAAUACCUAUCAUAACAACUUUUAAGAGCACGCCAAUCUACUGUGCAAGCAAGUUAUUAGCGCCGAGCAAACCGUAUGGAGUCCGGUUGGCAACGCGAAACAGCCCCGCGAGCAGGGCUGCAGCGCGGUAACUUAUUGGGCCAGCCAGCCCAAUGUCCAAGGGGCUCGGGUCGACCGUUGGCCCGCUCCGCCGCCACAGGGGGGCGCCGCGCCGGCCUCGUCGUCCUUCGAAGGGUCUCUGAUGCUCGUUGGGGUGCCAAGCGUAUCAACAUCAACCUCCCAGCCCCUGAGAACCGCACCGUGCAAGUGGGCAUCGUGCGAGACCUGAUGGAUCCCCAUGCAUCAAUUUACUUCGUCCUUGGCCAGCUGCUGGACGCAGUGCCCCGUCUGCGCUCGUUGCUGGCAUCUGCAGACCUGGAGAAGCCAGCCACCAAGUCUGAGCGCGACCGGCAUAUCCUGAUUCGCGAGAUGAAGGUGACUGGUGCCCUGGCGAAUGAUGCGCCGUCAACCACCAAGAUCGUGUCCUUCGUGUCGGUAGCGACAGCCCUGCACAACUGCCCGGGCAUGUUCGACAUCGCCAACACCCUCUUCGACCUGGGCAUCAGCUCUCACUCCAUUACCGAGAGUAUGAUUGGCUCUCCCUGGUUCGAGGAGCCGCCCACUGACCCAGACCGCUCUGCCCGGGGGCAGGUGGCGGCGUCCCGGCGAUGGGACACGGCCGCUGCGGCUGGCGGUGCCAGUGGCAGCGAGGCCCUGCCUUCGGGUCGCUCCUUGGGCCUGGGGCUUGGCGGCCGGGGUGGUUCCAGGCUGCGUGGCAUGCAGCUCGCGGGUAGCAGCAAUGCUGGUGGCAACAGAAGCAGUGCUGGCGCCGGCGGGGGUGGCAGUAGCUGGUCAGGCCAACCGGGCGGUGGCGGCGCCGCGGCUGGCCCUUGGGGCCUGGGCCGCGGCCUGCUGGGUAGCAGCAGUCACGGCUCCCUGCCGCGUGCUGCAGCUGCAAGCCCCCUGGCUGGCGGAAGCAAGCUGCAGAGCGGCAGGCCUUGGGCGUUGGUGGCUGCUGAUGGUGGCCGCAGCAGUGCUGGCGGGCGUGUCACUCCUGACACCACCCCUGGUGGCAGGGGUGGCGCCGUGUCCGGCAGUGGGACGCUGGCGCUCCGCUCACGUCCACCGCCUCGCACCACUGCAGCUGCACGGGCUGCUGCGAGUGAAGGAGCGAUGAUGAUCUACCCUGAGCCUUUCCACUUUCCCCUGGAGCUCAACCUCCGCAUCCCUCGCUCCAAGUCACCUGGGCUACUGAGCACCAGCCUCAGCGCCAGCAGCGCCAGCCGUGUGCAACUGGAGUUCAAGGAGUACCGCAGCUGGAACACCAACCACAACGCUGUCGGCAGGAAUGCUGCCUACCGUGCGGUCAAGGAGUCCACGCACCUUGGGCUGCAGAAGACUGCAUCUGCCUUCCUUGGGCACGCCCUCCACAACUGCCGUGUGCCGCCAACCCAGCUCACCUUCAAGCUGGCGACCAACCCGAGCAUCGUGCACAGCUAUGUGUCACACGAGGUCGCGCACAAGAGCCCCACAAGCGCGCUGCAGCAGAUCUCCAACCUCAAGCGCAUCGUGGGCUACCUCAAGGACACAUGCCCGUACGCACGGGUGGACAGCAACAAGAUGGCCAAGCUGGACCACAUGGAGGAGUGGCUUUCGAGCGCCUACACCACCUCCAAGCGCACCCAGCCCCUCGCCCGCGCUGCAGCCCCCGGCGCCAUCGACCCAGAUGACCCCAGCUACCCGGCGGCGCCCACGGCUGAGGCCAUCUCCCAGUUCACCGAGCAGCUGCUGGACCAGCUGUGCAACGAGAUUGAGGCGGACGGUGGUGAGCUGUCGGACAGCAGCUGCAGGCUGUGCCUGGCCGCGGUGGUGUGGCUGCUGCUGAGCGGUGACAUCAUCCCCACGAUGCGGCCGGUUGCCGUGCGGCUGCUGUCGAUUCCUGGGUGCUGAGCGACGGCAUUGUCAAGCUGGAGUG